AAAGGAAGACAAAUGGUUUUCUGGGAAGUCAAGAAGGCAUAUUUCAUGGAGAUAGGAAGAGCCAUAAAACUCAGUGAUAGGACACUUGCAAAUCUGGCAAAAGGUGGUAGAAGGCUUGGCAACUUCAAUGCAGAGAAAGGUUGGCUCACCUCAGAGGAGACAGAGAGAGUAAUAGAGUAUUCCAUUGAGAUAGCACAUUGA